AAACUAAUCCCAUUACCCUUUUUUCUUUCUUUCUUUUCUUUUUUAUUAUUUUCUUUCGUUUUCUUGUUGCACUUUCCUUCACUUUCUUCUUGUCUCUAUUGGCUAAAUCCAUGUGCCAAACUGUAGCUUAGCUAGGGUUUUACUGGGUCGUUUUCGUAUUUGAAUUUUCUUCUUCAGCAACUAUCUAGACAGAUAAAGAAUAGAAACUUUAUUUUGUUUUUUUAGAGUGAGAGAGAGAGAGAGAGAGAGAGAGAGAGAGAGUCAAGGGUUUUAGGUGGGAAAGGAAAAAAAAAAAAAAAAAAAAAAAACCACUGUAACUUUUUUCAAUAUGAGCUAUUUAUGCCAAAACCUCAAUUUUCUCUUUUUCUGUACCCUUUCCUGGAUACUUCCUUUAAUGGGUAUCUGUUAGUGUUUUUUUCUUUUCAGAAUUCCUGCCUUUUAAGUUUGUAAGAUGUUGGGUGAGGAAGACAAGAAGAACCGGCUUCCCGGUUCCGGUUCUUCCCGGAAAACCUAUCUACGGUCUGUUUCUUGGUCAGACCGGUCACCAACUAAGCCUAUUUCUAAUCCCAGACCGCAAAACAAUAGCAAAGCUCGGUCUUGUUUGCCACCACUUCAGCCCCUUUCUAUUGCCCGUCGAAAUGUUGAGGAGUGGCCAAGAGCCGGUUCUGAUGAUCUUGGCAUUUGGCCUCAUCCUCAAACCCCAAGACCAAGUGUUAACCCACCUGAGAAUUCGAAUUCCAAUUCGAAUUCCGAACAAGAAGUUAGAGAAUUCCAGUUCAAGAGGGACAAGCUUGCCUUUUAUGACAAGGAAUGCUCCAGAAUUGCUGAGCAUAUAUACUUAGGAAGUGAUGCUGUGGCUAAGAACCGUGAGAUUUUAAGAAAAAAUGGGAUCACCCAUGUGCUGAAUUGUGUUGGGUUUGUUUGUCCAGAGUAUUUCAAGAUUGAUCUUGUGUACAAAACGCUCUGGUUGCAAGAUAGCCCAUCUGAGGAUAUUACAAGUAUCCUCUACGAUGUGUUUGACUACUUUGAAGAUGUUCGAGAACAAGGUGGGCGGGUUCUUGUGCAUUGUUGCCAGGGGGUGUCACGGUCGACCUCUCUGGUCAUUGCAUACCUCAUGUGGAGGGAAGGCCAGAGCUUUGAAGAUGCAUUUCAAUUCGUGAAGGCAGCAAGAGGGGUGACUAAUCCGAACAUGGGUUUUGCUUGUCAGCUUCUGCAGUGCCAGAAACGGGUUCAUGCUGUGCCUGUUAGUCCAAAUUCCAUGGUAAGGAUGUAUCGUAUGGCCCCACAUUCGCCAUAUGAUCCUCUUCAUCUUGUUCCCAAAAUGAUAAACCAUCCAAGUACACAAGCACUUGAUUCUCGUGGGGCAUUCAUUUUACAUGUUCCUUCUGCUAUAUAUGUUUGGAGUGGGAAGAAUUGCAGCUCUGUGAUGUCAAAAAAUGCAAGGGCAGCAGCCUUUCAGGUUAUCCGGUAUGAGAGGGCAAAAGGUCCGAUCUGUAACAUUGAAGAAGGUGAGGAGCCGGCUGAAUUUUGGGAUGCUCUUUCCAGUGGGCAGCCCUUAGUCGAUGAUUGCAGCAAGGUGGAGGUCAAAAAAAAAGAAACUUGGUCUCCUGGAAGUGAUAAGGCUUCUACAGAAAUUCGGACUGGAGUUGGUGAAAGGAAGUUAGAUGAAUAUGAUUUGGAUUUUGAACUUUUCCACAAGGCACUUGCAGGUGGGGUUGUUCCACCUUUUUCAGUAUCAAAUAUGGGAUCAGAAACUUGCCUUCCUGCUAGAGAAAAUGGAUGGAGCAGACUAAGACGGAAGUUUGCUAUGGGUGGUAUGAAAGAACUUGUUAUGUCCUCCAAGGUGAACUGUGAAACUACUCCAUCAAAUGAUGUGUCAACCAUGAGUACGGAUACCCAUAAAGAAGGAGAACGGCCUGCCUCAUUGGUUGAUCCUUCAUCACCUUUAUCACCACCGACAGAUUUAUGUGGUUCACCUGAUUCGUUUAAAUGUUUUCCAAAUAGUAGUCCAGAAAGGAUAGUGGAUACUAGUAAACAAGUAGAACACUCAGUAACUCUAGCUAAUCCUUUGUCAUCGCCAACACCUCCGUGUGGGUCACCAGAUUCUGUCUCUUGUUUCCGUGAAAGAAGUACCAAGUUCAAUUCCAAAUCCCCUACACUAUCGCCUUCUACCUCUGAUUAUGCCAGUUCAUUUACCUUUUCACCAUCAUCUUCUAAUUGGUCUGAUUUAUCAUACUUUUCCUCACGGCAGCCUUCACCUUCUGGCUUGGACUCUACAGAUCCAUUUUUCGUCAAGACUGUUCCUUUGCUAGACACUUCUAAUAUUCCAUAUAAAGAAAACACCCCUUCAUCACCAGAGACGUUUUAUGCUAAUCCUUCGUUGAGAGGGGCAAGUCCUUGUACAUCAGGUAAAGGGAUUGCCCCCUCUAUUGCAGAGCGCAGGGGGAGUAAUCCUCCACCUCUGAUGUUGCUACCUUCAAUUGAUGAGCCACCUCCUGUUCCAAGGAAUCUGGUAAGGUCAUGGUCCUUCUCUAUUCCUGACGAAGAAGAUGAUGUGAUGGAAGACACAGAUUUCAGCCAAUCUGAGAAUGAAGACGACGGGGAUGAAGUAAUGCUAGAGGCGAACUGUAGGGACGAAAUACAAAGGAGUAAAGAUGAGAAAGAGGAUGGUAAAUCUUAUAUAUCAUCUGGUGAAAUUGAUGCUGAUGUUACGACCUCGGUUUUGUACGAGUUGCCUUCUUUCAAUAAAAUUGGGAGUCAUAGCAUUCACAUUCUUGAUUCUAAAUCAGCAUAUAUUUUGUUAGCUCCAGAUGUGGGUUUGGGCAAAAAAUAUCCUGGCAUUUUAUUUUUAUGGUUGGGAAGUAAAAUUUUGCAUGAGGAUGGGUGGAAUCACAGUGACACAAGUGAGAAUGGUGUUUUUAACUUGGAAACGAUUGGACACAACUUCCUUAGUCGUCUGGAUCUGCCUCUGAAUACUCCUCUGCAGAUAGUAAGAGAAGGAGAAGAACCAGAGCAGUUCCUAAACCAUCUCAGCCAUAUAUUAUUAGCGAAAAUGGAUGACAGAAGUUACGGUUAAGAUUGGUUUUGGAAAUUUGAAUGGCUUUCAUAAAAGAAAUUAUAAUGUUACGGUGGUUAAACUAGAUGGAAUUUGAGGAUCAAUCUGUGAUAUUUGGGAAGAUAAGAAAGGUGAGUUAGCAUCCCUGGCAGCUUCCUUAUCUGCUUGUGUGAUGUUUGGGAAGAUAAGAAAAUAUGUACAGAGAACAAGCCCGCAGUGCAUCAAUACUAAUUUCAAAGUAAAUAGUCUCAGGAUUCUCUCUGUUUUUUUUUUUUGGCAGAAUAUAAUAUAUCAGUUGGAAUAAGCAACUUUUCUUUUCUUUU